AUGAAAAUUCGCAGGCUGAUAUGUGCCAUCGCCACGGUUGGCAUAACCACGGUCAACGCAAAUUGUAAUCCUUUAACAGAAACCUGUGCUCCUAUCCCAGGGAUAACCUCACCCCUUCGCGUCGACUUCACCAAGCUUGCCACAGCAGACGUUCCGACGAACGGCUGGACCAUCGCAAACUACGCGACCUUCCGUACAGACAGCAAGACCGGCGGUGUCUUCCCUAUUGAAAAACGCUAUGAUGCACCGUAUAUCUGGACCACUGGUUACUUCUUGUACGGCCACGUCGAUGUAAUAAUGCAAGCCUCCCCCGGGGCAGGCGUCAUCUCCUCGGCCGUUCUCAUGUCUGAUACCGCCGAUGAGGUCGACUGGGAAUGGAGCGGCAAUAAUUAUGCCCUAAAGAAGCCCACGGUGCAGACAAACUACUUCGGCAAGGGCAUCACGGGCAGCUACGACCGCUCGACAUUCGUGACUCCGGCGUUCGAGAUGACGACGGGACUCCACAAGUACGGCAUAGACUGGACGGCCGAGAGCCUGACGUGGACCAUCGACGAUAAAGUCGUCAGGACCCUAUACAAGAAGGACUGCGACAACGGUGAACACCAGUAUCCCCAGACACCAUCGCGGUUCCACCUCGGCGCCUGGGUUGCAGGUGAUCCAUCCAACGCCCCUGGAGUCAUACAGUGGUCCGGUGGUGUGACAGAUUUUAACAAGUUGCCGUACACUGCAUAUGUGAAGACUGUGAACCUUGAACCGUCAUCAAAGUGUGCCUAUUUCAACUAUACCGACAAGAGAGGUUCCACCGACAGCGUCAAGUGCUUAUCCGAGCUGCCCAAGUCUUUGUCUUCAGUCGUCAGCUCAUCCGCACUCAACACCCUCAGCGCGGCUCCACCAGCACCAGAUACCACCUCCAACACCAUCAGCACCACAGGAUCUUCGUCGUCGAGCCGAGUUACGGGUGGCACUACUACAAGCAACACUGCCUCCAGCCACAGUACUCAGACAAGCGGAGAAAAGCCCAUCUACGGGAUCAGGAUCGAAGCCAGCAUCCUCAACAGCAGAACAAACAGCUAUUUCGUCGGGGCCGGUUGCACAGAAUGCCGCUUCGCAAACAACAUCAUCAUCCUCGAAAGCUCCCCGCCACAAUCGCAAUCUACAUCGACGUUCAAACCUCCCAAGGACGGUUCGCAGCAGCAGACCUCACAGGCGGCGUCUCCAGGCAAUCCCAGCACGCCUCAUCCGACUGAGAGGGCCACGGCAGAGUCGCAGGCUUCGUCGACAGUCAUACCUCCCAAGGAUGGGUCAGAGAAGCAAUCGGAUAAACCGGCGUCUUCAUCCACGGUCAUUCCUCCAGACGACGAACACGAGGUGGAGUCUUCGACUUCGCUGACUGGGUCUCACGCCGCGACUACGUCAAUGGAGUAUGGCCAGUCCAGUGCAUCGCUGUAUAACACAGACACAGACGUGAAGGCCUCUGAGUCAUCGACACCACCCGCCACUCUGCCAACGAACAAGAAGGGCGAUGCCCCUGUGGCGCAGAACCAUGCCAUCCCGGACACGGAUAGCUCACAAGUCGCAGGAGAACAUGGGUCCACAGCUCCACCAGCAGAGAAAGGGCACACAACGGGAGCGCAGUCGCCUCCAGGAGCAACACCUGCCCCAGAUGGCUCUGCGCCUGCCUCGACACCAGAGGCAGGAGCAGGGGACUCGCACUCCUCCACUGGCCUUGUCCAUCCUGUGCCAGCUGGCGAUAGCGAGGGCGAAUCAACCACCAGGAGCACGAUCACCCGGACGACAACAGUCAGGCUGACCAGCACGCGGCGAUCGACCUCGACCGUCUACAGCGCGUCGGCAACGAUCAUAACCACCUGUGCGCCAGGGAAGUCCGGUGCGGACUGCUCCACCAUCUCAUCAACCACCACCUUCGUUGUAUCAAAGUUGGUCACGCCCGUGCCCUUCACAACAACGAAUGUGUACGCAACGACAGAAACCGUCGACGUCACCCCUGCGGACAGCGGCGUGUCUUCCGCCGCGGCUCAGGGAGCGUCUGGGGUUGCGGGUGCCGACGUGAUUGACCAUCCUGCAUUUCCGGCUGAGCUCGUGAUCGAGCACGUGGUCAAGCGCUUGAAACGUCGUCUCGAGAGCAUGCGCCGGGUCGAGGACAAGUCGGCCGAAUCGGGCCCAUAUCUGUCUCAAUGA